AAGAAAAAACCAACGUCAAAUUUUGGCUCACGUUCUUAAGACUAUGAACAAUCAUCCCAAAAAAUAAUAUUUUUUCUUUAAUAAUGAGAACUGGGAUGGCAAUAUUUAGCCCUUGUAAUUGGCGUUUUAUUUCUUUUACCUAUUCACUUAUUGAUUCGUUUCCCAAAUUCAUGUGAGAAAAGAACAUAAAUAGCAUAGCUAGCUUGACAAUCCGAGAUCCUAAACACAUCCCCUCAACCUCUCCAUUCCUGCUAUAAAAGUCAAGCUGCUGUGUGUUACUGGAAAUAUAAUAAACACAGAGAGAGAGAGAGAGAGAGAGAGAGAGAGAGAGAGAGAGAGAGAGAGAGAGAGAGAGAGAGAGAGAGAGAGAGAGAUGGUGGUUAGGCUGCAAAGGAGAACAGCAAUGCACAAUAUGCGUCCCUAUCUACGAACCCUCACCCGCUCCAAAUCUGUGAAAAGGAAGUAUGUCAUUAUGGAUGCUCUUCUAUGCAUUUACAAGCUCAAGCUCAAAUUGGAGGCAAUCAAAACGGAACUCGCAAACUUAAUUGCUGUAAAAAGAGAAUACUUGAGCCUAAUGAAGGAACUCCAGUUGCCUAAGGAAGUGGAGGUGGAGAAGGGUGAGAAAGGAUUUAUAGUGAGGGUGACAUGCGAGAAGGGAGGAGAUAAACUAGUUUCAAUCUUAGAGGUCUUCGAAGAAAUGGGCCUUACUGUAUCGCAUGCUAGGGUCUCAUGCAACUUGUACUUAUCCAUGGAAGCCAUUGUUGUAGCUGAAGAAGAACGUGCUCUUCAUGCGAAAAGUAUUGCUCAAGCUGUUACUAAGGCCAUUGAAAGACAAUAGAUGAAGCUUGUGCGUUGAUUUCCCUGUUGUUAUUUAAUGAUCCCAAGUAAUCUCAUUGUCGGAGUUAAUAUUGUCUUGCA